AUGGCACACCUGCCCCAGCAGCGGGAUCAGGCAGGCAAUUUCGUGCCCAACACCAUCCUCCCCCCACGCCUGGCGCCUCCGGACCAGCUAUCACCGAUGGGCUCGGCCAAUGCUCAUGUGUUGUCUGCGGGACACGACUUCCCCGGUGUAGCACGCUCCCACGCAUCCAACGGCCUGGUCCAGGCUCUUGUGUCACCACUCACGACCAACCCGGCCGAUGGUGGGAGUGAUGGCGGCGGCGGCGGCGUCAGUGGUGGUGGUGAUGGUGGUGGUGGUGGUGGUGGCAGUGGUGGUGGCGGCGGCAGUGGCGACAGUGGAGUCGGCGGCAACGGCAGCAACACCAGCAACACCAGCAACACCAGCAACAGCGACGGCAGUGGCGACGGCAGCGGCAUCGGACCUGGCAGCCACAACAAUGGCUUCUCCCACAUCAUGGACCACCCGGGAGCAGACAUUAUUUCUGCCAGCAUCUCCAAUGCGCAGAUUUAUCAGCUGCCAAGGCAGCAAGCCGUCUGGCCAUCAAGUGGCAAUUUCUCCCUGGUUCCGGAGCAAACCGUGGACCAGCAUCAUCUCCAGCAGCGCCAGCAGCAUUCUCAUCACCAUCACCAGCAGGCACAGCAGGCACAGCAGCAGCAGGCACAGCAGCAGCAGGCACAUCAGCAGCAGGCACAUCAGCAGCAGCAGCAGCAGCAGCAGCAACAGGCACAUCAGCAGCAACAACACCAGCAACCGCCGCCGCCGCCGCCGCCGCCACAGCAGCACCAACACCAACACCAACACCCACACCAACAGCAGCAGCAGCAGCAGCAGCAGCAGCAGCAGCAGCAGCAACAACUUUACAUCGCACACUCACACUCCUAUAGCGACCUGAAGCAGGAUUUUGAUUUGCCCCACGAGAUCCCACAGCAGCACCACCACCAACAGCAGCACCAACAUCAGCAUCAGCAACAGCAGCAGCCGCAUCACCAACACCACCACCACCACCACCGGCAGCAACAGCAACAGCAGCAACAGCAGCAGCAGCAGCAGCAACAGCAGCAGCAGCAACUCCAGCUCCAGCUCCAGCUUCAACGAUCCAAGCAACAGCAGGCUCAGCACUACCACAUGCCUUUUGUGUCCUCUGGGGCACAGCCGCCAGCACCACCUCUCCCCGCUCAACAGCAGCUGGGCUUGCAGUCGACACCCUCAGCAGCGCCAGCGGCGGAUAUACAAGGACCCGUUCCUCAGCACUCUGGGACGGGCCUAGCCCGGCAGCCUCACGACGCUUCCCUCGGUGAGUCUGGCUCCUUUCCGACCACCGGGUACUUUGUCGACCUCCAUGCAGGCAGGGUCGACUCCUCGGCCACACUCAGCGGCCAAGUUCCCCCCAGCUUGGGUCUACUCAUCCCCCGGCGUGCCCCCCUGGCUCCGGUGUAUGGGUCAGGCCCGGCGACUGUGGCGGCAGCUUCUUCCGCCAACACGGCGGCUAUGGCUGCGGCUGCGGCAGCAACCGCAGGGGCAGUCGCCAAUGAUCCCUCAAAGGCAGGCGAUCGGACUGCUGCGACCUCCCUGCCGGCCAUUCAGUACCGACUCCUGAUCCCUGGGCCUGAUGCCUUGACCAGGGCGGGCCAUUCGGGUGUCGAGCAGCAGCAUCUGCAACAGCCUCAUCACCAUUCUCACCAUCAUCCCUCGACACCGGCCCCCGUUACGUCGCUGGCCGCCGCAUCGGCCCCAGGUGGGGGGUCAUCCUUCAUUAGUUUCACGGCUGCGCUGGAACAGGCUCUGUCCCACCAGGAACCCAUCGGCACGCAUGAGUAUAUGCGCCGGGCCCGGCGGGUGAACCCCCGGUGCGUGCCCUUCACUGACCAGGAAAUCCUAGACGCUGUGGCUCAGCGCGGCGGCUUCAAUGUCAUCAACCGCAAGGGCUCGCGUGGCCUGUGGAAGCGCAUUGCUCGGGAUGACUUCCGCUGGUGCACGCAUCCGACCACGCGCCCGUGCAGUUGUGGGCAGAAUCUCAAGAACCGCUAUUUGCAGAUCCUCACCUCGCAAGAGGAGGGGGCAUUGUCAGGCGGCGGUGGGGACACCCCGGCCUCUGGCACGUCCGACACAAAUCCCCGCUUGGAUCUGUUCCGCAUCGAGCAUGUGGUGGUCACGCCAAUGCCCUCGGAGCCGGCGCCCAAGAAGAUCAAACUAGAAGACGGCACGCUCGUGGAUGCCGGUGGUAUCGAUGACUCGGCCACGCGUUCCUUUGACAGCGACUUGUCUGCCACCGGGUCAGAAAUGUCCCCUGGGCCCGGACUCGUGCGCGUUUGGCAGACCAAGCUCCCAGAGCGGGGCCUACUUACCUCGUUGCCGGUGAACAGCCUCCUGGAGCUCAGCAACUUGGAAAUUGGUGGCUUCCUCUUUUCCGAGCAUGUGGCAGCCAUCUGCCGCGGCGAGCAUCAGUCUCUCGGAGACAAGCCUUGCGUUGUCGGCAAAACAGGCUCCCCGCUGCACAUGGCCAACCCCAACCGCUCGGUCCGACUUGCUGCGUGGCCCUUCUUCGAGGUGCCAGUCCCUUUCUCCAAACAAUCGGCCCCGGCCCCGAAUGACUGUGCUCUGCAUUUGAAGAUUCUGUACGGCCGGCAAAAGCUCGAGUAUACAUUCGAGGUCUUCGGCCAGUUUUUCAAGAUGGCCAUGUCCUUCUCCUCAAUUUCCUCGAUCUCAAUCGAUCUCUCGCGCAACAUCCUGGCCUUCCAGCUGAAAAGCCAGCCGGAAUUCUGGUGUGACAGCUCGCCAGCUCCUGGGGCGUCGGCCGUCGCUCGCAAGACCGGCCGUGCAUAUGUGCGCUGCGAUGACUUCACUCGGGGACAGGCCUUCUUCUACCGAAUGAGCAUCCACUCCUUGACAACCCAGCUACCGCAGGGGGCCUUCCAGAAGCCAUUGCACUUGUCCCAAAUGCCGCCACCGAUGCAGGCGUUCCCUUCGCAGGGCAGUCCUCAUGCCCCUUUCCCCCCGGGCGUGCAGGCCCUCGCAGGAGGCUCUCAGCUCCAGCAGCAGACCCCCCUGCAGCACCUUUCUCGUCAGCAAUCACAUCAGCAGCAGACCAUACAUCACAUGGUCCUCCAGCAGCAGCAGCAGCAGCAGCAGCAGCAGCAAGCCAUGCACUCGGCCCAGUAUGCCCGGCGUGCUGAUGGCCAAUUACCCGCCGCUGCUUUGGCCAUUGUUGAUGAUAGCCAGAGGCAUCUGUUGCUUCAGAGUAUAAUACGUGACCAGGCGCCAGCAUCGGCCGGGCUUUCCGGUCGGUCGUCCAUGCCGUCCUCUGUGCUCGGGUCACCGACCGGUGGGCUGGAUCCCGGGUCGAGGAUGCAUACAUUUUUCCCCGGUGGUAAUAACGCCGGCAUUGCCAUGCACUCGGCUCCAAAUGGUCCGCAGCACGGCGGUAACGGGGCUGGCAACAGUCAGCACCACUCGCAAUAA